AUGAUCCCCCUCCCCCUCCUCUUCCCCCUCCUAACGCUCCUCCUGCUCCUCCUCCCCGCCCUCGCCUCCGCCGCCGCCGGCACAACCUCCACCUCCAAUUCGCUCUUCUGCAAAUGCACGUGCCUCACAAACUCAACGCUCAUCCCCAUCCCGUCAUGCACCGACUGCAACCGCUCCUUCUGUCGCGACUACAACCUCCCGUUCUGUAAGGGCGUCGAGGACGAUGAUGUUGUUACUACUUGUUUCCAACGCGACUCAGCGAAAGACCAGGCCGUGGUCGUGAUCUUCAUCGUGGCGACGGUCGGGCUGCUGGUGUAUGCGCUUGUGCGCCCGUGGGUCGCGCGAUGGGUCGAGGCGGCGAGACAGCGGCGAAUGUACAUGCCGUUACAGGGCGAAUAG